UGCAUUCGACAUCUAUGACUUGAAUUAUAUAAAUCGAUUAUCAUAUACGUAUGGUGAACAAAAAUAAUUCGUAUACAAUUUCUGCAUGUUGGAAAGAGAGAAUUAACUCCUUUUCUUUGAUUUCUCGAAAUUCUUGCAACAACGUCGCUAUAGAAUAGAUGUACAAUAUUCUACAUCGACGGUGAUUAACCGUGGGAAACUUAUCAGCGUAGCGUGACGUGUAAUAUUAUACCUAUGCAAACAUUACCCUGUUCAACGUUCACGUGGCGCUUAACAAACACACAUCAUAGACUGUUGUUGUAAUUAUUUUUCUAUCUCGCCCCCGGGGAUCAGAGAUUGUUAUAAAACUUGAUAAGAUCACCUCUUUUUCGCACGGUUUAUAUAAACUGAUAGUCGCGCAUACGUGUACCUGUAUAUGCAUAUCGAGUGACGUGUAGGGAUACAUUGUGUGUAUACAUGGACACAUACGUAAUACAUUUUCCGACCAGUGAAGUAAAAGGAUAGGUGACCGCAGUAGAACGCAAUAACGUGUCGAAAUGGUACCCUCUGAGGGAAGCUAUCCUCCCCUGGGCCUCCUACGGGACCUGAGCAACGAUUUACCGCCUCAAUCGGAACCGCAAUUCGAAUCUUGAUGUUUGCCGAUCGUUUGUGAUACCGGCUGCGAUGCUAUAUGUAUAGAGUGUUGCCAAUUUGCGAGGAACGCAAUCCCCGCCUUUCCUUUUAUCCCGUAAAAUUACCCAACUCACUCUACCAAUCUAUACAUAUAGCAUCCGGUAUCGAUGGUAUAAGAACCGAUACAACACCAAUCGACAAACUCUUCAACGUCGCCCCUGCAAGAUGCGAGCAUCCACAUUAGCUUUUGGUUGUUUGGCUUUAGAAGCCCUUGGAGCAAUAGGGGCGACGGAUCAUCUCGUCAAUCUUGAACGCGUCUUCAAGGAGAGGUCUAGAGCAGAUUGGGAAAACGCCUGGCAUCGUGAAACGCACGCUAGGUGCAGAGAAACGCUUCUUCGGCAUCUUUACUGGGCAUGUGAGAAGGAUAUUUAUGGAGUGAGUCGCCGGUCGGUGAAUUUUUCGAAGCCACCACCGCCACCUUGGGUAUCUGGAUGGCGAGCCAAAGAGAUGUUGAGAUACAGGAGAGAUCUUAGGAGAAGAAGUCCUGCCGCUGUGGCAUCUAUUACUCAGGAGUGUUGCGGUGGACCUGGAUGUACUUGGGAAGAAUAUGCGGAAUACUGUCCAGCCAAUAAACGAGUUGAUAAAAGAACUCGUUUAUCUGCAGAUGAACCGAUGCUGUAGAGUCUCAAAUUGUUGUUAUACAUCCAGAAGGAGUAAUAGCAGAUGCAAGAUAAAAAAGUGAAAAAAAUCGACGUCUGUAACAAUUAUCUCUUGGAAUGCGGUACGCAGAUUUAUAUUAUCUAUGUACACCGGAAAAUAUAAAUGUAUACGUGAGUACUAUA